GGAGGCGCGGCCAUGGAUUCCACGAGCACAGGGUCGCCGACCGGCGCCAUCCGCACGCGCACCAAAACGUCCAGCCCGAUCGCGAAGCGGGCAUGCGACCAAUGCAAGUUCCGCAAGAUCAAGUGCAGCCUGUCGCAACCCUGCAAGGCUUGCCAGUCGAUGGGGUUUGACUGCACAUUCCUUCAACCGCAGAAGAAGCGCGGGCCAACCGGGCACCGUGUGUCGCAAAUUCGACAGCAGCAAACACAUAUCAUCCCUCAAACUCCACAGGAGUCACCCAUUUCCAAGCAGGAAGCCUACCAGUAUCAUGUCCCCACCUCAUCGGUGGAAACGGGCCCGCAUGUUUCCAUGCCGGGGCCAUCCUGGACGCCCGCGCAGGCCCAAGUCACGAUGCCGCUGGACGGCACGGCCGUCCUGGCGCCGACUGGUCCAGCAUCGGGUGUAGUAGACGCCUGGGGCGGCGAGACUGCAUCUUUAGAUUCCCACAGCAGCAGCGCCGUGGGCUGGAACGACCGCCCAGACGUGGAAUACUGGCUGCCAGACAACCUGGGCGCCCAAGUGCCUGUCUUUGAAUUUCCCGGAAGCUACGUCUACCUCAAACCAUCUCUCCCAUCUAUCAUCCAGCCAGUGCCUGAUGUAUCAACGAUGAGCAUCCCCCCGCAAGAGCACCAAGGGCUUGCAUUUCCCUCCGCCGUGGAGUCGAUGCAGUCAUCGGAAAGCCAGGAGUCAGAAAGAUUCUGGCCCAGUGCAAUUAACGAAGCGAAUAUGAUACCCUGGAUUGACGUAUAUUUCGACCGCCUUCAUCCGACUGUCCCGGUGUUGAGUCGGUCCUCCUUGUACACACGGAUGAUGUCCCAGGAGCAUCGCACGAAUUCACAGUUUGGAGCAAUGCUUCUGUCAUUAUGUGCAUUCUCGCUAACGCAGCCAAUUGAGAUCAAUGAACGUGCUACCACUUCGUCUCGCGCCACGCAGGCUCGCUCUAUGAUGCAUGAAGCGACUAAGAUGCGAAGCUGUUCUGACUUUGGUGAAAGUCCUACGAUUGAGGCGGUUUUGACCAGUUUCUUCCUGUUUGGCUGCUUGUUUGGCAGCAACCAACAUAACGCGGCAUGGCUGCGGCUGCGAGAGGCGCUAGAUCUUGCGUCCACAUUGGGAUUGAAUGAUCCUGGAUCAUACCGGGAUCUCUCAGGAGAAGAGAAAGGCCAGCGGCUACGGACAUAUCUCGUCCUAUCCAUCACUGAAAGAGCCUAUGCUCUGCAGCGCCUGCAUCCCGUCACAUUCUCCGGCAAGCCGGGAUUCAGCAUGCGCUCAGUACACGACUUCCUCCACAACGCCGCCCACAGCCUCGUCUCAGGCAUAAUCGUCCACAACGAAAGAGACGCCGAAGGCAUGAUGGGUCUCGCACGAAUGAUGGAGCUAUUCGAUGCCAUCGAUGAAGAUUUCAUCCACUGCUGGAAUCGCCGCUGCGACCUGAGCAGCGGCUACUGCCAACGAUUCACACAAGUCAAAGCCUUAUCCAUGUUUGACAGCUUGGAACGAAUCAGCCAAGCGGAGCGCUACAAGGGAUACGACUGGUUCGAGCGAGCUAAAGGCGACGGACAUGAGAGCAAUGCCCUCCUCGCAAUUGGCCUGCGCGAAACCCAGGCCGCAGACGUCUAUACCACGCAGAAAUGGAUUCAGAACCGCGUGUGGCUUUUAUGCCUGAACCAUGGCCUCUUGAGGACCCAGUCCGAGCGCCCUGAACUGACAUUUGGGUUCGCAGUGUCCGUUGCAGAAUCCACGCUUCAGCUAUGUCGCUCGCUACGGCUUAGCUCCAUGGAAGCACAUGGAAUCGGAUAUACCGAAAAAUUGUAUGAUAUCGCCAUGGGCGCCACAGAUAUCCUCUGUAACAUCAGCCCACCCUUCGGUAUGGGGAUGACGCAGCUAGGCAACCUUUCCAAAUCACUGCCCACAACCUCGACUCCACAGAGCAUGGCAGAAAGCUUCCUCCUGCUGUUCAGCAGUUUCCGGGGAGGAAACCAUCCGUUUUUGGAAAAGUACAGGGCUCACUUGCGCGCGCUGCAGAUCCCAGGGGAGCUGGGCACAGUA